AUGAAGAGGAUAAUUGAAGAUCCAUCAUUUCUUCUUGGAAAUAAUGCUACUUAUGAAAUGGGAACUGCUGAUGGAAAGGAAUGGCAUUCAAAGAAGGUUAUUGAUGUAGUAAAUGAAAUAAAACCCUCUUUUCCUCACUUGGAAACAUUACUUGUUGCAUUUUUCAGAGGUGCACUGGUCAUAUGGAAAAGAUUUACAUCUGAAUUUGUUCCAGGUGGAUUAAUUGAUGAGGCCACUGUGGAAGAGAAGGAUCUGGCUUGGAUGCCUGCAACAAAUGAUGUAAACGAAGGGGCACUUGGCUCCUUCAGAGUCCUUAUGUGCUGGCAGCCCCAGUUAACACUGCUACAUUACAAUGCAUUGGCAAUGUUUGAAAAAAACAAGACAGAAGCUUUCAUGAACAAUUUUUUUACUGACCCAGACCAUAAAUACAUCCACAAACUGGCCAGAGAUUCAUCAGGGGAAGAGGCAAAAAGAAAGAAAGAAUUGAUAACAGCUGCAGAGAAAAAGAUACAGCUGAGAAAAGAGAAACAACAGAAAAGGCAAGAAAAGACUGCAGAAAAGGCGGUGAGAGUAUCAAAUAUUGAACUAAUAUUUGAUCUAUCCAAAGUUGAUGGCCUGAAAGGAAAAACACUCCAUGAUCAACUAGAUGCCUUCAAGGCAGCUAAAGGACCCAACACUGGAAAGCUUAAGUCCAAAGCUAAGGUUGGACUUAUUAGAGAAGCACUAAAACAGGAUAUUCAGGAGAAGCUUGAUGGUACUUGGGUUCCUGGAAAUAUGGACAGAAAUGCUGGUCCCACCACUGAUAGUAGACAAAAUACAACAGAGUCUGGUGAGGAAUUUGAUGGUUUAGAUGACAUUGAUAAUGAGGAGAGCACAGAUGAUGAGGAGGAGGGGCAGGAGGGUCAAGUGGUGGUGACCUUGGAUAUCAAUGAUCAGCAUCCUGACUGGGAGGAUCUUUAG